AUCGUGACUUUGUUCUUCUUUCACUUCGUCCUUCUUCUGCACUUCGGCGUGUUUUCGUCGGGGCUGCCAUUUCUGAUGAUGUUUCUGAAAUUGCCGUGGGUCGGUCUCAAUUGGACGCUGAAGUAAUUAAUUAUGAAAUCUUAUGAGGUCUGGGUUCAAUUGAAUUUUGAAGUAGAGGGAUGAUAGAUGGCAUUAACCCUUCCAGAGUCGAGCGUAGCUGCAUAAGAAACGGUACAAGAGCCAGCCCAGUUAACUGCCCACACUUGCUUUCCUUGGCUGUCAUCGAGCCUAAACUGGCCAUCUGUUAUGGAGAUUUUCAGGAAUUGUUUUUAUCAAAUGCUGCAGUUAAUGAGGAACCCAAUGUUAUAUUCUGGUUCAUUGGACAAGAAGAUCUGAGCAAGGAAGGCCUUGAAGGUUUUCUGCAACAACAUUGGCGCCGUCUGUGGGAACCGAAUAAAAAGCUUCAUUUCCAUGUUGAUCCGGUUGAUUGGAGGGAGGAGAAAACGAUUGGUGAUAAUGAAAAUGAAGGAAACGGAAAUGGGGUUGGAGGGUGUGGUGAAGAAAGGCAUGGAGUUGGGGGAGAUGGCAUUCAACAAAGACGGUGGAGUCAUCAACUGGUUCUCCGCUCACAUGGCUGCUGCCACCCGCGCCAUCCGCUAAUGCCUCAAGCUCUCCAUCGCCGUCAUCAAAGUCUGAGAUUCCCGAAAUACCAUUAUCCUCUGCUCAUAAAGAACUACAGCCUCAGCUCUCAGCCGAAAGCUUGCCAGUCACGAACUGCAAAGGCCGAGAACAAAGUGCAGAACUCAACCACGAGCUGCAGAGCUCAAAUGCAGAAAUCCGAGGGGUCGAGCACGAAGUGCAGAGCUCAAACACGAGCUGCCGAGCUCAACCACAAGCUGCAGAGGUCAAGCAUGAAGCUGCAGAGCUCAAACACGAGCUGCCGAGCUCAACCACAAGCUGCCGAGGUCAAGCAUGAAGCUGCAGAGCACAAACAUGAGCUGCCGAGGUCGAGCACAAGGUGCAGGGGUCGAGCACGAAGUGCAGAGCUCAAACACGAGCUGCCGAGCUCAACCACAAGCUGCAGAGAUCAAACACAAGUUGCAGAGCACAAACACAAGCUGCCGAGGUCAAGCACAAAGUGCAGGGGUCGAGCACGAAGUGAAGAGCUCAAACAUGAGUUGCUGAGGUCAACCAUGAGCUGCAGAACUCAAACACUUGCUGCCGAGGUGAUAGAUUUUUGGAUGAAGAGAUCAAAGAACAAGAACUCAAAAUUUGAAAAUACAGGCAAGAUCCUCUUAUUGGAUAGAGGAAAAUACCAGAGUUUAGGCUAUGAUUUUGCUAGCUGGUGUCCAUUCCCAUCUUAUUGGGCAGAGCAAACACAGAGGGACGUGUUAGAUAUUAGUGGAAGUGCAUUAGUGUGAAGGGUUUCGUAAGUGUUUUGUCUGCUGGGAAUGUCUUCUGGACUAAGACGUCUUUUGAGAUUGGUUGAAAUGUAUAUGCGUUGGGGUACUGCUUGUACCCUGCUUAAUAAAAUUCAUCUGUCCAU